UAAAUUUGACCAAACUCAAUGUACCAAAAACUACUUUCUCACGCAUCCUCAAAUUUCAGCUACUUUUGUUAUAAAUGCUAAUUAACUUUGGCCUUACUCUCACAUUAUAAUGCUAUUGGAUCUUGUCUAGCACCUACGUCGAUCCAACUUCUGAAUCUUAAUAAUGGCAAUGGAACAUGUCCAUCACAUGAAGGGUGGUGUAGGAGAAACAAGCUAUGCAAAUAAUUCAUCACUUCAGAGAAAAGUGAUCAUGGAAGUGAAAACCAUACUUGAGGAAAAUAUGGUAUUGAUAAUGUCCAACAAAAGUGUAAAAGAUUAUUGGAAAAUAGCUGAUUUAGGUUGCUCUUCAGGAUCAAACACACUUUUGUCCAUUUCUAAUAUCAUGAACAUCAUCCAUAAAAUUAACACGAAAUUAAAUCAUGGGAAAGGGAAACCUGUAUUUCAAAUAUAUCUCAAUGAUGUAUUUGAAAAUGAUUUCAAUACAAUCUUCAAACUACUCCCUGAUUUCUACCAACGAGAAAAAGAAAAGAAUGAUGGAGAAUGCUUCAUAAAUGUAACACCAGGAAGUUUUUAUGGAAGGCUAUUCCCAAAUAAUUAUAUUGACUUUUUUCAUUCCUCAUAUUGUCUCCAUUGGCUAUCUCAGGCACCGAAAAAUUUGGUGAAAAAUGGAGUACCACUCAACAAAGGAAAUAUUUACUUAUCAAAAACAAGCCCUCCAUCAGUUUAUGAAGCAUAUUUUAAGCAGUUUGAAAGAGAUUUUCAGUAUUUUCUAAAGUUACGCUUCAAAGAAUUAGCAUUGGACGGUACGAUGGCAUUAACAUUCAUUGGCACAGAAUCACAUGACAAAAUUUCUGUUCAAGGGGUACUUGGCAUGGUACUGAAUGAGAUGGUCCAAGAGGGUUUGGUUGAAGAGAAUAAAUUGGACAUGUUUAACUUUCCUACGUACCAUCCGACUGAAGAGGAAGUAAGACAAGUAAUUGAGACAGAAGGAUCUUUUACCCUUCAAAUAAUAAAGACUUUUAAAAUGGGAUGGGAUGCAAACCUUGAGAAAGAUAAUGUUAAUUAUGUUGUUGAUAGAAAAAUGAGAGGAGAGUUCAUAUCCAAGCAUCACCGAGCUGUAUUUGAACCUCUUUUAAUAUCUGGAUUUGGUGAAAAUAUCAUGGAUGUAUUGUUCUCAAGAUUCGAAAAGUUGCUUACACAACUCAUUGAGUUUGAGACAUUGGAAUUUACUAAUAUUGUAUUGUUCUUGACCAAGGAUUCUUGAAGAUGGAAGAUGGUAAGAUAAUUCUUCCAUGGAUUUUUCCCUUUUUGAUUUGUGUAUUAUCUUAGCAUAUGUUUUGUUUGUUUUCUUUAUGUAGUUUUUUAAAUCGACUUGUUUGUAGAUUCAAUUUGAAGUCCUUUUCACUCCGAUGAAUUCUCCGAUUCGCGAUAAAUUAUAAUGAAUCCAAUACAUUUUUUUGUGGUUUA